GGGUCGGCAACUCUGUACCCGCAGGGGCCGCGCCCGGCAGUGAAGUCGGAGGUGCAGGAGGAAAAAAGGCCGCAGCAACCCGUUGGAAGCAACGCGUCGCUAGUGCCGCCGCCGUCUGACGCUCCGCUGUACCGCCUCGAAGAGCUUCUAUCUUGCACCGCCUUCAAACCUCGCGUGCGAAGACACCGAAAGAAAACGCCUCCAUUCAAUAUCCUAGCAAAAUUUUCGACGUGGAGUCUUGGAGCUGAACCAGCACUCGACUUGAAAGACCCGAGACCGGCCGGUUGCGACGUCCGACAUGAGUACGCAGACGAGGCUGCUGAUCAAGGGAGGCCGGGUGGUCAACGACGACCUCAUGAUGGAGGCCGACGUGUUUAUUGAGGACGGAGUCAUCAAACAGGUUGGCAAGGACAUUGCGGUACCUGGCGGCACACGUACCAUCGAUGCCAAGGGAAUGUUUGUCAUGCCAGGUGGCAUCGACACGCACACCCACUUCGAGUUCUACUUCAUGAGCUCGAGGACCGCCGACGACUUCUACACGGGAAGCAAGGCAGCCCUCGCCGGUGGCACCACCAUGAUCAUUGACUUUGUGAGCAAAAAGUCGCACAGCAUGUCGGUGUUGGAGGCCUUUGAGGACUACCGGAGCCGGGCAGACGAGCGCAUCUGCUGCGACUAUGGCCUUGCGGUCAUCCUAAACGACUACAACGACGAGGUCUUCAAGGAGAUGGAGAUUCUCACUAGGGAGAAAGGCGUGAACGCGUUCAAGAUGUUCAUGGCAUACAAGGGCCAACUGAUGAUGGAGGACAGUAAGCUGAUCCAGGCCUUCAAGGCGUGCAGCAAGCUCGGCGCCCUGGCACGGGUGCACGCCGAGAACGGGGACAUCAUCUACGAGAACCAGAAGAAGCUGCUCUGCAUGGAAAUCACGGGACCCGAAGGCCACCUGUACAGUCGUGAGGAAGAGAUCGAGGCGGAAGCCACCCACCGGGCCAUCGUGUUGGCGAAUCAGGUGCACUGCCCGCUGUACGUGGUGCACGUAAUGAGCAAGAGCUCGGCGGACGUGAUCCUGCGCAAGCGUGCCCAGGGCUGCAUGGUGUUCGGGGAGCCGGUAGCCUCGGGGCUGGCCACGGACGGCUCGCAUCACUUCAGCCGCUGCUGGAGACACGCGGCCGCCCACGUCAUGUCCCCACCCCUGCGGCCGGACCCGGACACCAAGAGCUACCUCAUGGACCUGCUCGCCAGCGGGGAGCUCCAGACGACGGGGUCGGACCACUGCACCUUCACGUCUUCCCAGAAGGCGGCCGGCCUGGACGACUUCACCCGCAUCCCCAAUGGCGUCAACGGGGUCGAGGAGCGCAUGGGGGUCGUCUGGCAGAACGGGGUGAACACUGGCAAGAUGGACCCAUGCAAAUUUGUGGCCGUGACCAGUGCCAACGCUGCCAAGAUCUUCAACAUCUACCCCCGAAAGGGCCGUAUCCAAGCGGGCUCCGACGCUGACGUGGUGGUCUGGGACCCGGAGAAGGUGCGGGUGUUCUCGUCGGAGACGCAGCAGUCGGCGUGCGACUUCAACAUCUUCGAGGGCUUCCGGUGCCAGGGGGCGCCGGCCUACGUGAUAUCCCAGGGCAGGGUGGUGGUGGAGGGUGACGAGCUGCACGCCAGCCAGGGGGUGGGCAAGUUCAUCCCCAUGGCACCCAACUGCCCCUACGUCUAUUCUGCCAUGCGGCAGAGAGAGGCGGCCGUGCCCCUGAAGGUGGACCGUGCACCACCUUCGGUGCCCGAGGACAACGAGGUGCCGCCUCCGACGGUGGUGCCGGCCACCCAGGCGACACCCCGGGCACCACGCCCCAUGAUGGAGCCCCUGUUUCCCGCCACGCCGAGAGAGUUCCACAGCAGGCCUCUGACCCGGGGGGGAUGCAGAAACCUUCAGGACUCCACCUUCAGCCUAUCGGGAGCCCAGAUCGACGACGAGAAGGCCGCGCGUGCGGCCAUUCGCGUCAACAACCCCCCCGGCGGCCGCUCAUCUGGCAUCUGGUGAAUGGCGGGGAACGUCGCCUUCUACCUCGUCGCUUCCUUCGGCCGGCCCUUGACAUCUAGCUCUUUCUAACACCCCGCCGGCAGACGUGCGACCGACCACGCUCCCAGACACGACAGAAGCGCUCAGCGACUGGCUCGCAUCCAAAGUGGCAACAAGUGACCUCGGAAGACUGUCUCGCUAUCCUGGCGGUUGGGGCCACAAGUCCCCGCAACAAGCACGAGCCACUGCGAGUGUCGCCGUCGUCCUGGGGCGGAUUGUCAAGUUGGAGAGCGAACAGCGGUUGUGCUGAUCCACCACGGUGCGGCGACGCCAGGAUUGCGGCAACGCGGCACUUUGACGACGUCGUCGGGCAGAAAUCGAGGGAACAGUUUUUAGGACGCGGUGGUCGGAGACAUGUUCUAGGCACCAUAAUCGUUUACAAACGCGCUCGUCUGCGGCCAGUCGGCCGACUGCAAACGACGUCAAAACAUCAUUUGCAGUUGCCGACGGCCGGAGAGUUAUCCCACGUCCAGCACAAGCCUCCCACCUUGAAUUCCAAGUCGGCUUCUAGCGUGCACGCGCAGCCAAAGCACGAACAAAGCCGACGAGCACGUGCUGGAAGCUCCGUGAUCUAAAGAGGCGCUUUUGUUUCGCCCGUGACCACGGAGCGAAUGGAGAAAGUCACUUUUUGGUGCCUCUCCAAACGUGCAGCGAACAAAUGGACAUCAGCAAAGCGAGUGGUUGCAAGUUCCCCAACAACCGCCGUCGUCUCUUCCUGUCUGCGAGCGGAGUUUGUCGCACAUUCGUCCGGCGUGACUCUUGCAACCUUGCCUUCAUCGUUCUCCACCCCCAAAACUCCCGCCAAACUUUUUACACUUUGGUGGCAGCAGCGCUUGACCGCAUUUUUCCUCUACUUGUACCCCACGCGUCAUUAAAACGUCCCUUGGGCAACACUGCGCGAACAAAGCACA